AUGCUCUCAACUAGUGAUGGCGGAAUUCCUUCAGCAACGGCGGCGCUCUGUCCCUCGGGACGACCGCUGGACACCACCCUGCCUCUGGCUCCUUUCAAUCCCUCUGUGACUUUGACGGGAGCUGGUUCCACACCUCCAUCUUCUUCAGCACCGAUGGAUUCCAGCACCACAACGUCGAAUAUUCCACUCAGCUAUGCGAACGUCGUCUCCGAUGGCAAAAAUCAGGGCUCUACACCACCACUGAGCACUUAA